AUGGUAGUUAAACAAAAUCAUGAUGGAACUAUAUCUAUGACCGACAAAGAAACAAAAUUGGAGAUUGAAGGUCAAAACAAUUCAACUGAAAAUGAGUUAGAGGAAGUUCAAGAAGAAUAUAAUUGUAAUACAUGUGGAGUAUCCUUCUCUUCUGUUAUAGAACAUAUACAAACUUACCACAAUGAUCAAGAUGUGGUGGUAGAGGAAAGGGUGGAAGUUGGUCCCAAUGGGGUUUCAUUAGAAUAUGAAAAAACAAUGGAAACUGAGGAGUCAGCCAUCAGUGACAAACAAAUUCCUCGGCGCAUGAUCACAGACACCGGUGAUAUUGUUGAAGCUCCAAUUAUAUUAGAAUCAAGCAAUGAUGAUACACAACCCCUUGACCAAUCUAUAAAAACAAUUCUUAUACCAUUGAAGGGGGACAAAGGUGACAAAACCGAGGCAACAAGGCAUUUUGUUAAAGUUGAAAAUUUUUGUGACACAGUUGCAAAAGAUAAAGACACCAAUGAUAAAAAUGUCCAAUAUCACAAAGUUGUUGUAAAAGAAAUGCAAACAACCAUGGGUAACAAAAUAAAAGUUUUCAAUUGCACAUCAUGCAAUAUUUUUGUCUCUUCAUUGUCCGAAUUCAAAAGCCAUCCCUGUAAAGCAUUGAAAUACCCAUGUCCUCACUGUACUGUCGCAUACGAUAAUUCAAAGUCGCUUUGCGCACAUAUGAAAGUACAUAAAACUAAAACAGAUAUAAACUUUGAAAAUCCCGUUACGUUCGAAUGCGGAAUUUGCUCUACGGUCUUCCUUACAAGUAAAUCAUUGAAGCUUCACAAGCGGAUGCAUGAUCCGAUAAAGUCCCGCCCAAUAGAGCCACCGGUGGAGACGGUGGAGGGAACGGCGGCGAGCGACGACAAAUACAUAUGCCCGAUAUGCUUCAAAGUGAUACCGGAGGACUACCGCACCAUCCAUCAGAACUCGCACAGCAGCAGCAACAAAAUGAACUGCGACAUUUGCAACAAGAAGUUCCACUCGAAGGAGUAUCUGAAAAUGCACAUGACUGUACAUAAUAUGGACAAGGUCGUGGUUGGAAAACAGGACAAAUCGCUGCCGUACACGUGUCUGUACUGUAACAGAAAAUUCGCGAGGCCGCACGAGAAGGUCAAACACGAGAGAAUACACACAGGCGAGAAGCCGCACACCUGCGAGAUCUGCGGAAAGGCGUUCCGCGUCUCGUACUGUCUCACCCUGCACAUGCGCACGCACACAGGCGCGCGUCCGUACGCAUGCCCGCACUGCGGCAAAAGGUUCAAGGCGCACAGUGUGUACAACCAUCACCUGCUCACACACUCCGAAGUGCGCGCUUACAAAUGUCCGUACUGUCCCAAAGCAUUCAAGACAUCAGUGCAGCUAGCCGGCCACAAGAAUUCUCACACGAAACCUUUCUCUUGCCAACAGUGUAACAGGCCGUUCGCCUCGCUGUACGCGGUGCGCGUUCACACCGAGGUGCACUCGCGCCAGAACAGCCUCAAGUUCUCGUGCUCGCUGUGCGGCGCGAGCUACGCGCGCGCCUUCGCCCUCCGCGACCACGUGAAGCAGGCGCACAAGGACGCCGCCGAGCAUAUGAAAGACGACGAUUGGACCGUACGAGAGGUCGACGGCGAAGUGGAGGAAAUACAUCUCGACAAAGAUUUAUCCCAUGAGAAAACGGACGUCUGGACGGUCCGCGAUGGUGAAGUAGAAGAGAUGCAUCUAAAUAAAGACUUACAUUCACAGAUAGAUGAAAUGGAAACGGAUGAGGUCGAGAUGAUACUUCCU